CUUUCCCUUUCCGCAGUUGAUCUGCCUCCCUCUGCAAAUAUUUGUUAUAUUACCUUCCUAGGACUCCAGUUCGAGUGAUCAGAUCAGAUUACUGGAUCCAUGCAUCAGAUGGCGGCCAUAUCUCGGCACCGUUUCUCGAUGCUCACCACCCCAUCAUCACCUAACAUCACCCACACCUGCCUUCUCCAUCCACCAUCACCCGACGUUGUUUCCUUCCCUUUAAAUCAACCUAUCCCUUCUAACCAUACCAAGCUCUCUCUCUCCAAAUUCUACUUUUUACGCGCGAUCGGAGGAGGUGAUGGGAACGAUGGUGUUGGUCGCACAGGAGGCGGAGGAGGUGGUAGAGGAGAUGGCGAUGGUUCCGAGUCCGAGGAUCGAUCGUCGGAUGGUUUUGGCUUUCUGGGUCUUUUAUUAAGUGGAUGGCGAGACAGGGUCGCGGCGGAUCCGCAGUUCCCGUUCAAGGUCUUAAUGGAGGAGUUGGUGGGUGUCACUGCUUGUGUCCUCGGCGACAUGGCUUCACGGCCUAAUUUCGGUCUAAAUGAGCUUGACUUCGUUUUCUCUACGCUAGUGGUCGGCUCCAUUAUGAAUUUCACCAUCAUGUAUCUCCUAGCACCGAGGGCCUCGGCUUCAUCUUCGAGUCUUCCUUCCAUCUUUGCAAAUUGUCCGCAGAGUCACAUGUUCGAACCCGGUGGUUAUACCUUAAUGAACCGUUUAGGGACGGCAGUGUUCAAAGGGGUCUUGUUUGCCGCCGUUGGAUUCGGUGCAGGCCUCGUGGGGACUGCCAUCUCAAACGGGUUGAUCAAGCUGAGGAAGAAAAUGGAUCCCACUUUCGAAACGCCCAACAAACCUCCCCCGACGUUGUUGAAUGCCGUUACCUGGGCCUCCCACAUGGGCGUCAGCAGCAAUUUGAGGUAUCAAACCUUGAAUGGGAUCGAGUUUCUGUUGGAAAAGGGAGUUCCACCCGUGGUGUUUAAGUCGUCCGUGGUGGUUUUGAGAUGCUUAAAUAACGUGAUCGGAGGGAUGUCGUUUGUGAUAUUGGCAAGGAUGACAGGCUCGCAGAGUGUGGCGGAGAAGCCAGCGUCGGCGGAGAUCGGAGCUGUUGCCGCCGAGAAGGAGAAGUUGGUGGGUGGUGACAAUUUGGAGAGCAGUAAUCAGUCGACUUCAAAGUGAUUUUAUGUUUGGGUUUAUUGUUGUUGUCUUGAGUAGUUGCA